AUGAACCCUUACGUGAGUUGGGCGAUUAUGCUGGUGGUGGCCGGUGGAUUGGGAUACUACUACUCGAACGGGUCCAAGCUGAAGAACAAGGCGCCAAUCAAAGCCGUACCUGAAAAAGUCGAGCCUAUCGUCCAAGCGCUCAAGCCAAAGAAACAAAAGGCGCGCAAACAACCCGAACCGCCUGCCAAAAAGCUGGACGAAAAACCCGUUGCUGUAACCACUCAGGUAGAAGACACGAAUGAGCCAGAGGAGGAUGUCGAUAACAAAGAGUUCGCUAGACGUCUGGCUGCCGCUAGAUCGGGCGUCUCUGUUGGUGAAACGAAGGCAAAGGCCCCCAAGGAGAAGCGCAACAAGCCGUUGCCUCUUACCCAGGAAAGCGCCAGCAGCGACUUUUCCAACCGUGCGCCAUCAAGCAACGGAGCAGACGCCGACGAUGACUUGUCUUCGACAGACUUUGUCUCUCCCUCGGGUCGCAAUGUCUCUGACAUGCUCGAGAAGCCAGCCCCAGGCCCCUCUGUUAUCCGCUUGACAGGAUCAAUGGAGACCAAGGAGAAAAAAGCCAAGCCCCAGGCAUUCAAGCAAGUUGAAACAAAGAAGCAGCGCCAGAACCGACAGAAGAACGAAGCGCGUAAGCAGGCCAACCAGGAAGCCGAAGCCGAACGACGCAAGAAUCUCGAGAAGCAACUCCACACAGCCCGCGAAGCAGAGCGCCAGGAAGUGAGCCGCAAGAAGUCUGCGACCUCCGUCCCAAGCAAUGCCUGGACCAGCACAAACGGCAACCGUGCGGCGGCUGCUCCUGCUCCUGCAGUGAACGCUGCUCUGCCAUUACUUGAUACCUUUGAGCCAACUGCUUCAGCGGCUGCCAGCGGAAGCUCUUCGGGCGCUUGGUCUGGAAACCUUCCUACAGAGGAUGAACAGAUGCGUAUUCUCGGCGUAGCUGCCCCGGCCGCUGACGAGGACUGGACCACUGUGUCUUCGAAGAAGGACAAGACAAAGAAGAAGACCAAGGUAGACGAGAGUGCCAACGAAGCCAGUGCUUCUGAGUCUGUCGCUUCCUUUGAGCCCGAGACCACACCUCAAGCAUCCGAAUGGGUCGCUCCAAAAGUUACACAGGUUCCCAUCCCACGCGGAAAGAACCACCCUCUUGACUCGGAUUGGGCUGCUUGA